AUGAAUGGAAAUGUUUCCGAAUGGUAUAACGAAUGCGACAAUGCCAUUAGAAGGUCAGAAAUAGUUCCUGGAACUUACGAAUAUACAACUGCUGUUUCUUAUGGAAACGUAGGUGAGUUUGGAGAAGGUUCUUCAACAACAGUAGAUAUUGCUUGCGACAGGUUUCAUAUUAUUUCUAUUGACAACUCUUUCUUAUACGUGGAACAAGACAUUGAAAUAAAACCUUCUGCCAAGUUGUCUGAAAAGAAAGGUUGCAAUGGAAUUUUCUAUGUCGGAUACCAAUAUGCUCCAGAAGUUUUCAUGGGAUAUAAGAUAUAUUCUAACUCUGACUUAGUUCAAACAGUAACAUGGGCAAACUAUGAAUGGUUCGCUUUAAGAAACUCAGUACAACCACAAGCUAGAGAACAAACAGACCAGUAUGCAACUAUUGAGAAAAUAAGAAGACUUGACCCUAACGUUCCAGGAGUUUAUGUUAACCUUUCUGGUUCAGAUGGAACUGCUGCCACUAAAGUAAAACUGAAACUUAGAGUUCCUUUGUCAUCUUUCCUCAUCUUCAGGUUUUUAAGAUACUUGCCAAACUGGGCAGGAAAAAUUUCUAUCGAACUUACUCCAAGCAAAAAUAACUUAGUCAUUGCACCAACACAAGACCCAUUCACUCUUACAGACGUAAAGGGAACAAAUAAAACGUCAUUCGCCGAAUUUUGCAAAGACAAAGUUGACUUAGACUUUGGUUUCUCAAACCUCAACACUGAAGUAAACUAUUAUUUCAAUGCUGCUGGAGAUGCUUGGGACCCAGUUAAGUUCACAUGCGAAAAAUUUGAAUGCAAGAGAAUAGAAAGCAGACUUGCA